CAUGACGAAUCAUUAUUAACAACCGAAAUCAUGUUUACUUUAAAAGCAAAAUUAGCAUAAUUUAAACGACGAGACAAUAUAACAAAAAGAGCUGUGAACACUCCGUUCAGUUAUGAUUAUCUGGUAUACGAGUGUGGUAGUGAGAAAAUUGUUGUUAAAAAAAUCAAAGUGAUUUUUUAUUAUGGUUCAAGUGACAGUAAGUGAGGGUACUUUAGAGGGACAAAUUGUGGAGAACGAGUACGGAGGGAGUUACUGCAGCUUCAAAGGAAUACCGUACGCGGAGCCGCCCGUAGGAUAUUUGAGAUUCAAGGCACCGGAACCACCACUACCCUACGAAGGAAUUCGCAGCGCCAAAGAAUUUGGGAAUGUAUCCUACCAAGGAACCAAAAACGGCGGGUGGCGAGGGAGUGAAGACUGUUUAUAUCUGAACGUGUACACACCGAGCAUCGAACCUCAUAAGCAGUGGCCCAUAAUGUUUUGGAUUCAUGGCGGGUCAUUCAAAGAAGGAAGUGGCAACGACUACUUAUUUGCUCCUGAAUUCCUCGUCCGACACGGUAUAAUAUUAGUCACUUUUAACUACCGCUUGGGACCUCUGGGCUUCCUCUGUCUCCACACUGAAGAUAUACCAGGCAACGCCGCGAUGAAAGACCAGGUUGCUGCACUCAGAUGGGUAAAAAGAAAUAUCCGCAGCUUUGGAGGGAAUCCAGAUAAUAUUACCAUAUUCGGCAACAGUGCUGGCGCGGCUUGCGUGUGCCUUCACGUCAUCUCCCCGAUGACAAAAAAUCUCUUCAAAAGAGCAAUAGCUAUCAGCGGAUGCGCAACUAACUGGUGGACUUACACUUAUGAUCCGAUUGAAAAAGCAUUUGCGCUGGCCGAAUCUCUAGGGUUUCGUUCGAAGGACGUCGAGGAACUAUGCAAAUUCUUCAAAGAACUCCCUGUUGAGACUCUAGCUGAUGUUAACUUACCAUCUAAUAUAGGAAACAACGCCAGUCGUACAAAUAUUUUUAAUAAUAUACAUUUUGCAGUGGUUAGUGAACAAAGCUUUGGUAAUAAUGAAGUCUAUUUCGAAGGAAACAUAAACGAUGUACGGACCUACAAUAUCCACAAAGGAGUUGAAGUUAUGAUUGGUUACAAUGCUGAUGAAGGAGUGAUUGUGGUUCCCAAAGUAAAUGAAUACGAUGAACUUGUCGACGACAUCAAUGGAAACCUUGAAUUAUUGAUACCAACACCACUAUACAAACAUUGUUCAAUAAACCAACAAAAUGAAAUUGGAAUGAAGAUAAAGAAAUAUUAUUUCAAAAACGACCGCUUAACUCGAGAAAGUUGGGAGCAACUGGCCAAAUAUUUUAGUAUGGAAACAUUUGUGUACGAUAUCAUGCAGUGGAUCCAAUUUACCUGUGCAGAAAAAAUGUAUUUGUACAAAUUCUCUUGUAUAUCUGAGAGAAAUAUUAUGUCCACAAGACACGGAUUGUUCAGCUCAACUAGAAAUAAGGAAGUAGUGGUCCAUGCGGAUGAGUUGGGAUAUAUUUUCAACGCUAAAGUUAUGGAUAAAGUCGACAAGCACUCUGAUGUAUAUCGAAUGAUCGACAAUGUUACGACGCUUUUCACAAAUUUUGCGAAAUACGGGAAUCCCACGCCCGACACUUCCUUAGGUGUAACGUGGUUGCCAUACAAACUGAACGAACAAAACUAUCUAGACAUCGGCAACCAAUUAACAUCUAAAAUAGAACCGGACUACGAAGAAAUUAAAUUCUGGAACGAAAUUUACAGACAAUAUGCUACAAAAUAUAUUAAAAUGCCGGAGGUAUGGCAUACGAUUCCACGGGAAGAGCGCCACAUUAAAGAAAGAAUACUAUAGAUUUUUCAUUUUAGCAUAAGUAUAGAUAUUGAAAAUGCUCAGAAAGUUCUAGAUUUUUUUAUACAGACAUGAUAAAGAGACUCCACUGUACCUAAUAGAAAGUCGAGCGGCUUCCAGAGUAUCGCCAUCGUGUACGGCAAUCGAUAUGUGGGCGGAUACGUGAUAGUAACUUGCUUUAAUUCAUUCCAAAGAUAUAUGGGCCUAUAAUAAUUAUUAUAAGCGGCGGUAGCCUAGUUGGGCGUGGAACGGACUGCCGAGACGAAUGUCCGCAGGUUCAAACCCCAAGGGUACA